AUGGGGAUGGGUGCAGCGCAGGUGACAGCGGCCCUGUCCCACCUGCAGAUCCCCGGGACCUGCCUCCUGCCCGAGGUGACGCAGCAGGACCAGGGUCGGAUCUGCGUGGUCAUCGACCUGGAUGAGACGCUGGUGCACAGCUCCUUCAAGCCCAUCAGCAACGCUGACUUCAUCGUGCCUGUGGAGAUUGAGGGGACCACGCACCAGGUCUACGUGCUCAAAAGGCCGUUCGUGGACGAGUUCCUGCGACGGAUGGGGGAGCUCUUCGAGUGCGUCCUCUUCACGGCCAGCCUGGCCAAGUACGCCGACCCUGUGACCGACCUCCUGGACCAGCGCGGGGUCUUCCGGGCUCGGCUCUUCCGGGAAUCCUGCGUCUUCCACCAGGGUUGUUACGUGAAGGACUUGAGUUUGCUAGGCCGGGACCUGCACAAGACCCUCAUCCUGGACAACUCGCCGGCCUCCUACAUUUUCCACCCCGGCAACGCGAUCCCCGUCCAGUCCUGGUUCGAUGACAUGGCGGACACCGAGCUGCUCAACCUCAUCCCCAUCUUCGAGGAGCUCAGCGAGGCGGAGGAUGUUUAUGCCAGCCUCGGCCAGCUGCGG